AUGUUAAAAGAUAAUGAAUUUAAAGCUAUAGAAGAAUUAAUAGAAAUACUUAGGCAGUUUGUACCAACAAAUAUCACUAAGCUUAAUAUUGAUUUAGAUGAGUUUGAAACUGUAUUUGAUGAUAUUAUUCCAGAAGGUAAUGAAGAGCUACUUGAAGAAAUGACUAAUAAUUUAAAUAAUAGUCAUAUACAAAGAAAAAAGAAAAUCAAUAUUAAUUUUUCUUAA